UAAAAGAAGAAGAAGAAGGCCUCUGUAAUCUGCGUCAUGUUUCCUCUCCCCAGCAGUCUGCAGGUGACACUGGUCUUCACCAUGCUCUCCUACCUGCUGUCUCGAAGUUUCUGCCAGGUUGUUGCGGAAGUAAACCGCAGCUCUUACCCGACAUUUGGCUCUGUUUUACGGGCUUUCACAACCUCCAGUCCCACCUUUGGAGACGCAUCCGAAAAUGCUUCUGUGGUGACCUACUCUCAGCUGAAGACCAUGCUGUCCAGCGGAAACAUCCAGCUGUUCGAUGUGAGAAAUCCUGAUGAAUACCAGGCUGGACGCAUUUCAGACUCCGUCAACAUCCCAUUGGGCAACAUGGAGGAGUCCCUGAAGCUGUCCUCGGAGCAGUUUCAGCAGACAUUUGACAUAAGGCCUCCUGGGAAAGAUGACGACAACAUCGUGUUUCACUGCAAUAGUGGCAGCAGGAGCUCCAAGGCUCUGGACAUCGCCCGCCGGCUGGGAUUCAGCAGGUCCAGACAUUAUAAAGGAGGAUACAGUGAGUGGGCCGAGCUAGAAGGAAACUGAACCCACGCUGAGUGACAUCUUUUGAAUACAGAUAAUACAGAAUACCAUAAAAGUCUAUAAGUUACAUACAUAUUAACUGCUACAUCUUUAUAGACACUGAAUUUAAACCUGUAAUAUCUAAUGUUUUGUAUGAGCUGUGUAACCUUUGUAUUCCAUGACAAUAACUGUGAAGGUGCGUGAUGUUGAUUAAAAAUUAUAUACACAUUUUAA